AUGGCGAGCGAGACGCCCAAGGCCGAGCCUGAGCCGCAGCAUCCGUGGGGGCCACGCGUGCACAUCGGCAAGGUCUUCAUCAAGGGAAACGAGCGCACCAAGCCUCAAGUGUUUGAAAAUGAGCUCCAGGAAGCGUACGAUGCCGAACGUAUCGGUCAAUUGGUGCACAAGCUGGAGGCAGCAACGGAGGAGCUCAAGGCUCUUGAUAUUUUCGAGUCGAUCAGUAUUGAUCUGGACAAGGCGAGUUCUGGGCAGCGAGAUGAGACGGACGUGAUUAUUACGGUCAAGGAGAAAAACUGGAGGUCUCUGCAUGUUGGUGCUACCACGGACGGCAACGAUGAAGCAGGCGAAUCUUCUCUUACGUUGGCGAAUGCGUUUGGAGAAGCAGAGAAGAUUACAUUGAGUGCUUCGUACGCUCGCUCGGGAAGUAACACGCAGCGCGCGACGUUCAAGAAGCCGCGUUUUCUGGGUCUGCCGCUGUUCUUAAGUGCCACGGGAGCCAAUGAGAUGCAUAACCAAGAGUGGCUAAGCUCGUAUAACGAGAAGGUCCGUGCCGGUAGCAUUUCCGUCAGCGACUACGAUGGUGUGCAUGAACUGUCGUUGAACGUUGGCUGGCGUGACCUGCUUCCGCGCCGCGACUCAAAAAUCCCGACGGCGUACCGCGCAUCACCUAGUAUUCUUGCAGAGGCAAUGCCGUCUACGAAAACGAGCGUGAAGUAUGUCUUUACCGACGACAACCGCGACAACAUUGUGUAUCCAGUUGCUGGAGGGCUGUUUAAGUACACGACAGAAAUUGCUGGCCUUGUGGGUGAUGUCAAGUUUGUCAAGGCAGAAGUGGAAGGCCAGAAGCACAUGGCAGCAGGCCCCGAAGUGUUUGGAUUCCCGAUCCUGAACUUUAGCCUUUCGUACCACUUGGGAACACUGAAGUCGUAUGGCAGUGAUCAGGACCGGCCAGCACGCAUAAGCGACCGUUUCUUUUUAGGCGGGCCCAUGAACGUGCGAGGCUUCAAUCAUAAAGGUAUUGGUCCCCGUGCGUCUCCUCUUGAUGGUGGAGUCGUGCAAGGUGACGCUCUUGGUGGCGACGUGAGCUACCGCGGAACAGCGAGCAUGGGCUUUCCCGUCCCACUACCGCUAUUUGCUGCGCUAGGACUCCGCGGGCAGGUUUUUGCCAACGUUGGUAAUCUGACCACGUGGGACCGCCUACUGGACGAGAAGAAGUGGAUGAAGAACCUCGCACACGACACGCGCGUUUCCGUUGGCUUGGGGCUUGUGUGGGGAACUCGCAUCGGCCGCCUCGAGGCCAACUACUCUUGGAUCCUCAAAGCGCAUGCUCACGAUAACAUCAAGCGCGCCCAGCUUGGCCUGGGCUUGAAGUUUUAA